GCCGGUUGGCUGUCGGCUUCUGAAAGCACCAGGAGGUGGAAGUGAAAGAGUGCGGCUCUGUGCAGUAAAUACAGAAGAGCUAGCUAUUUGCUGCACAUGCCCUAGAAUUAAAGGAAGUCCAUGAGGCACUGAUCAACUAUUUGUGGUAGCAUAGUCCAAUAUGUCACUGAUCCUCAGGUCUAAGAAAACAAUAGUUUACCUAACACCAUGUUAAGUGCAGGAAAAGAAAAUUUUCGUCUGAAGAGCUACAAAAACAACUCUCUCAAUCCCGAUGAGAUGAGAAGGCGACGGGAAGAGGAAGGACUGCAGCUACGAAAACAGAAACGUGAGGAACAGCUAUUCAAACGUAGAAAUGUCACACACACGGAGCAGGAGGAGGAAGAUGAUGAGGUAAUGAGUGACAGUGGAUUCCAUGAGUCACAAGUAAACAUGGAUAUGGCUUUGACUGGAGUAAUCACAUCGGAUAUGGUACAGAUGAUUUUCUCAAACAAUUCGGAACAGCAGCUGGCUGCUACGCAGAAAUUUCGGAAACUUCUUUCCAAAGAACCAAAUCCUCCCAUUGAUGAAGUGAUCAACACACAAGGAGUAGUGGAAAGAUUUGUAGAAUUCCUCAAAAGGAGAGAAAAUUGUACAUUACAGUUUGAAGCAGCAUGGGUUCUGACAAAUAUUGCAUCAGGAAGCUCAUUACAGACCCGUGAAGUAAUCAAAGCUGGUGCUGUGCCUGUCUUUAUUGAAUUACUAGCGUCAGAUUUUGAAGAUGUGCAGGAACAGGCAAUCUGGGCCCUUGGCAACAUUGCAGGGGACAGCACUGUGUGCAGGGAUUAUGUGUUAGACUGUAACAUACUGCCUCCUCUCAUUCAGCUGCUAUCAAAACCUAAUCGACUGACAAUGACCAGGAAUGCUGUUUGGGCAUUGUCAAACCUGUGUAGAGGGAAGAAUCCUCCUCCAGAAUUUUCAAAGGUAUCUCCCUGUCUCAGUGUUGUGUCUUGGCUGCUAUUCCUCAAUGACGUAGAUGUUCUGGCUGAUGCCUGCUGGGCUUUGUCGUAUUUAUCAGAUGGGCCCAAUGAUAAAAUCCAAGCAGUAAUAGACUCGGGAGUUUGCAGAAGAUUAGUGGAAUUAUUGAUGCACUGUGACUAUAAGGUGAUAUCACCAGCUUUACGUGCAGUAGGGAACAUUGUAACAGGCGAUGACAUACAAACUCAGGUAAUUUUAAAUUGCUCUGCUUUACAGAGCUUAUUGCACUUAUUGAGCAGCCCUAAAGAAUCAAUCAAAAAGGAAGCUUGCUGGACCAUAUCCAAUAUUACAGCAGGCAACAGAGCACAGAUACAGGCUGUGAUAGAUGCCGAUAUCUUUCCUGUCCUAAUAACUAUUCUACAAACGGCAGAGUUCCGGACAAGGAAAGAAGCUGCUUGGGCCAUUACUAAUGCAACUUCUGGUGGAACUCCUGAACAGAUCAAAUAUAUAGUGGAAUUGGGCUGCAUUAAACCAUUAUGCGACUUGCUGACUGUUAUGGAUGCAAAGAUAGUUCAAGUGUCUUUGAAUGGCUUGGAGAAUAUACUUAGACUGGGUGAGCAGGAAGCUAAACAAAAUGGAACAGGAAUAAAUCCAUAUUGUGCACUAAUAGAGGAGGCCUAUGGUUUGGAUAAGAUUGAAUUCUUGCAGAGCCAUGAAAACCAGGAUGUUUAUCAGAAAGCAUUUGAUCUAAUAGAGCAUUACUUUGGUACAGAAGAGGAGGAAGAUGCCAACAUUGUCCCUCAAGUCGAUCUUAAUCAGCAGCAAUACAUCUUCCAACCACAUGAAGCUCAGAUGGAGGGCUUCCAGCUGUAAGCACAAUCUCAAAGAGGACUACUGACUCCACUUAAGACACACACACCUCUCCCAGGGCUGUUGGGACUGACAAGUUCUUUUGCGGGUGGGGGGGAACUGCACCUAACACCAUGAUAAGUAUGCACCUAUACAGGUGAGCAAUGCUGGGAAGAACUUGCUCAGUUAGCUGAAUGGUUCUUAUUAACAAGAGGUUGUAUGUAGGUGUAUAGAAAAGCACGUAUUUACAUACAACACACCCUACAAAGCUACAUUUGGGAACCACACAAAGUAUAUUAUAUAUGAAGGUUGUAUUCUUGUGUGUAUAAUAAUAUAUGUACAUAAACAUUCAAAUAGGGGUUAGGGCAAACUCAGCAAAUUUGCACCACCUGACUCUUCCAUCUUAAAUAAUUGUAUCUUUGCUGUGGCUCUGUCCUUUCUAUUGUGAUGUUUAAUAUUGCUGAUUUUUUUUUUGUUUGUUUGUAAAAAUCAAACUGGUGCAAUAUCAUUGUAGGUUAACUGAUGGACUGUCUACCCAGUAAUGCCCUCCAUUGAAUGACGUUCAUUUACGUUUUCUAUAGUUAAUGACAAAUCUAUUAGAAAUGGAGUCAUGAUCAUCCCUUAUGGUAGUUUGAGGGGUGGCUGGGCUUGGUGGUUUGAAUAUGACUUCUUCCUGCUCAGUUUAUCAAUCUGACAAAACGCACCGGUGACAAGAUCUACUGAACUAGUUAACUUUUACUUUGUGGUAAUUCGAAGCAUAAUGUAAAAGAUUUUUUUCUAGCUUCAUUUUGAAAUGUUCUUGUGACAAUUAGACAAGAUAUCUGUGAAAAAUAGAUUUUUGUUGGAAUUGUGAAGCAGUGAAAUUUAAGUUCAUAUGCAUAAGGAUCUGUAAUUGGUAAAUUAUAUUGCAUCCAGGAGAAAAUGAGUAAUUCAGCAUUAGGAACUAUCAGAACUAAUUUGGUGACAUAACUUGAAAUGGCUGGUAUACAGCUAGUCAUGGGGAGCUAUGGAGUAGAGGCUAAUUCCUACAGGCCAUUCUGAUCUCUGUAUAAACUUAAAAUGUUCAGCGCACUGUGUAUAUUAGAACCAGAAAUCAUUUGAUUGUUGGUUUAUGUUAAUUAAAAUCCUCUUGCCACUUAGGAUUGUCAUUCUGGGCAAUAUAACUGCUGUUCUUUACAGAGCAAAGUUAAAUUAAGAAACCCAUCUGAGCUUUCCAUUUUAUAGUGCUAUCUUACUAGAUAGCCUAGUGAUUUAGUGAGCACAAACUGGUGAGAAGUGAGAAUGGAAGAAAUGGCUCACACUGAAAAAACAUGAACCAUCUUGGCAGAAUCUGAACUUGAAGUCUCAUCAAAAUUAGGAAUCGCGUAUUUUUGAAGAAUGGUCACUUUACAAAUCUUUCACUGCACAAUAACAACAUUCAUCCUUUCAACUGGCCUUGUCGUGUCAACCUUCUAAUGACCAGCCAAUGUUGAUUUAUUGAGAUAAUAUUCAAAUUGCUGUGACGUAAGAAAAGAAAGUACUACUGGUUUUGGCUUGAGACCCAAAAGCUGGCAAUGUUAUGAUUUCAGUGUCAUGUCAGCGUACCUGUAAAGACAUGGGCUGAGUAUUAAGUCAGUUCUUUUAGUUCCUUUGCUAUUUCAUGGUGGAGAUAUGGUUGGUUAAUAGUGUUUGUGACCACACACUUGAUACAGUGAUUAAUACAGAUCUCCUACUUGUACUUCAUUGGUUCUUGUUCCCAUUUCUUUUGAGGUAUACUUUGCACUGUUUAAGAUUUAGUUGUAUAAAGGAUUGAUGUCUGUUUUCAAAGACUCCGGAAAAUCUUAGUUCUGAUCAAUACCUGAAACCAAUUAUCUUCUCCCACAAGAUAUUACUGUGUUGUACAUGCUCCAUGACUUUAAAUGCAUUUGCCAAUUUGCUAUCCAGGCUUUUAUCAGUCAUGGAAACAAGUGUGGCUGAGUGAUAGUUGUUCCAUUUCCUUAUUUUGGGCCAAUAUUUGUAAGCUGGUCACAUGAUACCAUACUGUUACAAGACAUGAGUUGGAAUUGGUGACAGUUCAAGCUGUCUACUGGUGUGUACAGCUUUUAGCAUUUCAGGCAGAGGUGACUAAAAUGACACUGGUAAAAGUUUGCUUAGAUUUCGUGUUAAGUGAGACCUGAGAUUUGGGUAGCGAGUUCAUUAAUAUCCUAGAAAAUAAAGCAUUAUUGAUAAUGGCAGAUUUUCAAUAAGUAUUUAUGACUCUACCACAAACAAUACUGCAGUGAGAGCAACAGUGCUUAUUUUCUUAAAAAAACCUCAAUUUUGCAUUUACAAAAUAGUUGCCGUAUUUCAAAGUACAGCAUUCUUUAAAAGUAUGAUUUUUAAAAAAGUGUAGAUUUUUCCCAUAAAGUAUAAAUUGGUAGUAAGAAUAUUUGUCAUUUUUCAUGAAAGGAUGAACAAAUUGAAAUACUGUAUGUUUACACUAUAUUCCUAAAAGAACUCUUAACUUUCUAAAUAUAGUUGGUAUUUAAAUAUGGUAAUGCUCAUGAGUGAUGUUUUGAAUAAGUGUGGUGGAGUGAGUGGAGGUGUUAAAUGGGUUGGAGGGGUAGGAUUGUCAACAAACUUAAAAAUUAUCCAAAUACUUCUAGCCAGCUAUUUUGGUUUAGUUUAAGCUCUUUGUAACAUUUUUUAAUGGUGUGCAUUUCUUUGGCUUUUGUUUCUAGCUGUGUGAAAUUCUCAUUCAAUUUGUGUCUGUAGGACUCCAGUAUUGGCACUUUUAGCUUCCUCCAUCUCUUUAGAGCUAUCUUCUUUGGCUAAAUUAAUGAUUUUUACAUUAAACAUUGGGGACAACAUUGCGAAAUGCUUUGACAAUGCAUUCGAACAUGCUUUUUGCCACAUACUUUUCAUACAUGCCACCAAAACAACAUUCCAUAAAUCAACAGUGUAACAAUUAACCCUUGCGGAAUUUUUGCAUUACCAUAAAUUCCUUGAUUUUUGGUCUGUGUUCACUAUCUGCUUCCUUGAUGAGGUAGAAGAAGUGACGAAUAAUCUGGUAGGUGAACAACCAUUACACUUCCUGAUAAGCCAUCAGAAUUGAUUGAAUGGCCUACCUAAGAUGAGCAAUAUUCCUUGUAAAUGGGAAUGGAAUAUAGAGAACCAUUCAUGUAACACUGUCUUGGUUAUCCAGAUUCUUUUAUUUGAUUGAAAAAUAACAUGUAGAUUUUCUUUAGAAUAGCCCAUGUCUCUGUGGCACAUCACUUGAGGUAUUAGGGUUCCCACCAAGCGGAUGAGUUCAGUGAUAUCCAGUAGUUUUAAAACUUGAUGCAGUCUUUACCUCUAGGAAAACAUAUUUUCUUCAUGACAUAUGUUUCUAAUAAAUCCCUGUUGCAGCAAUAUUGAGGACUUGUUUCAGAAAUUGCCUUUGGUAAAUAUCUUCAAACAGGUAAGGAAUUUUCAGCUACAGUAUCAGAACAAGUUGCUUCACCCAUCUGUUUUGCAAAUUGAAUUACCUUUUUAACAAAAUCUGAACCAUCCACCCCUAGCUCUAAUGCCUUCUGACUGAACUCUCAUUCUGUCCAUUCUUUUAGAUUAUUAUGAAGCUUUUGGUUUUUGAUUCACUGAUGCAUUGCAUUGAUUUUUGGUUCUUUACCAAGAUACCCAAGAGUCUUUCCAUACUUUUCAUGAUGCUGUUUCUAGGUACAACUUAACUUGGUAGCAUUUACAGAUGCAAUUUGUGUACUUUGAUUUUUGUUGGCAUUAUCAGAAAUCGUUCUUAGCACCAAAAGAGAUCAUUUAAGUGCUUCCUCAGUAGCAACUGCAUAUCCUCCAGCAUAAACAUGCUUAAAAUCUCUAAUUUGUAAAGUAAUGGCUUUUCUUGUUUUCUUACUACCAAACUCAGUUAUUGGUAUAAGAGAUUAUGUUUUAAUUGGAAUUUCAUGAUUUAAUCAUGUUUCAAACAACAAAAUAUUGUGUGGGGACUAAUACUGAGGAGCAGUGCUGGGAAUGCUGUAUCAUGAUGCAACUGUUCGUUAAAACAUCCGCAAAGUAGUUCACUGUGGCCCACUUGUAAAUGACAUAGACAAAGGAUAUGUUUAAUUUUGUAUUAGUUUGUAGUAUUAAUACUGUGGUUCAUAUUUGUAUAGCUUGACUGGAGGAAACUGCAGCAACAGAGCCCUGAACAAAUAUUGUGCAUCUUAUUCAGCUCUAAUUUUUGUUUAUAAUCUUUGGGUAUAGUAUUGUGAGUUGUACAGUCCAAUCUUAAAUAUUGUAGUACCAAUUGGAUUUAAUGGAAAAAACAGCAAAAGGAAAUGUUGUUUAAUUAGCCUUUAUCAAGGAGCCAACGUCAUUUCAGUACUUACUAGAUUAGAGUAUUUUGGCUUUCAAUUUGCAAUUUUGUUCUAAAAAUAACUUGGUUUCAAAAACCAAAAUUAACAAAAGAAACUGUCACUUUUUUAUGUUGCGCUCUUUGUGGAUAAUAGUCCUACAAGUCUGCCCAUAAAAUCUGUUUGUGAUAUUCUGUUUUAUUUCUAUGAUUGACAGUGAAGCUGAAAACACAGACAAACUGAGACAAUAGUUCUACAUUUUUAAUAAUGUGAAAUGUUUGACAAAAAUGACAUUUUAUAACGAGUUCAAAGGUUCCUUCAAGUAGAUGACUUCUAUUCUGAUGCCCUGCACAAUCCUUAUUAAAUGACAAUGAUCCAUGGUUUAAAUUGUAACCUAUUUGUCAAUGAACUGUUCAAUAGAUGUCAUAAACUGAAUGUCAGCUAUGUUCUCUAAACAGCUCUGUUCAGGUGAUCACUGAAUAACUUUUUGAACAAAAACAGAGCUGAUGAUAAAUAAGGUAUGAUUAGUGUCAGCCAUGGAUAAAUUGGUAGCAUAUUUGCUUCAGAAUGUUAAGAUUUGAGUUGAGUCACAUUCUAGGACAUGAGCUCAAAAAUCAAGGCUGCUACUUAAGUGUAGUAUUAAGAGUGUGCUGUGAGAUAGUUUAACAUGAUCCAAAACACUAAGGCCCUAUUGGUCUUAAAAGUAGAGAUAAAGGAUCCCAAAAGCACUAUUUCCAAGAAGAGGUGGAAAAGAUUAUACCUGGUGUCUUGGCCAAAAUUUAUCCUUUCAAUCAGCAUCAAAAAAAAUAUUGUCUGGUCAUUAUGAAAAGACUGUUUGUGGCAGCUGGCUGUGUGCACGUUGACCUCUAAAACUACAACAGGAAGUAUGCUUUAAAAGUACUAUUAAAAAGACCUUCAGUAAAUUCAAUGGUUAUGAAAGGCACUGUUUCAGUGCAAAUUUUCAUGAAUUGUUUACAUUUUGAACAUUAUUUUAGUUUUGUCAUCAUGUUUGGAAAAUGUCUGCUACAGCGUUCAUCGUAACAGAGGUCUGUAACAAGAAUUCAGCCGGCUCAAUAAGAACUUUGUUUUCUUCAAGCUAUAUUUACAAAUACAUUUUGUUUACAGGGAUGUUAUUUCUUUUUGUCACUUGCCAAAUUUGAUAGCUUACUAAUACAUUUUGCACAAUUGUCAAACAGUUCAGCCCUUUUGCUCUCGAUUACGUAAGACAACAUCCAUUUGCCAUAUGGCAAGCAAUGAACAUUUAAUAAAAAUAAACUUUUUAGGCUGUCUGAAAUUUUAAGUGUGAAUUAUUGAGAUAUUGUGAAUUGCAUGACCUAGCCUCUGACAUGCCCUUUAUGCAGUACAUUAGGAAUAUUUUAGAUUCCAUCCUACAACAAAAAGGAUAGCCCCAUCUCUUCCAUUUUUGCAGAGAACAAGUUUGUUUCAACUUUUAGAUUUAGAUUUUCCUUCACACACACUUCUUCCUGAUAAAGGGAUGUUUAGGUUCUAAAGCUAACAUGGAGGCACAAGUGUUGUGGCAAUGUCACUGGACUAGUAAUGCAGAAGCCAGGCUAAUGCUGAGAGGCCAUGUUCAAU